AUGAAACGAUUUUCUACUUCAGACAGUGAGAUCGAGGUAACUGACUCAAAAUUGGAAUCCAGCACCGAAGACGCAAUUGCUACGCUUGCUGAGCUUAGAGAAGCUCAGAGUUCUCUAGGUGUUAGUUCAUCUAGCGGCACUGAAUGUGAUUCUGAUAUUCAAAAUUCACAAUUAAUUAAAGAGAACAGUGCAACCCAUGAGGAGCUAACUGAUAAAAAUGAGAAAUCGCUCGACGCUGAGAAUGCCCCGAAUGAUGACGAAAAUAUUGAAGCAGAUCACUGUGAGGCGCACAGCAUAAAGUCUGUCGAGGAUGAGGAUUAUGAUGAUUGUUUGUCAGAUACCUUGCAAAUCGCCUAAGCCACCUCAUGGGAUCCUUACCCGAGGCCCAAGACCUGGAGAACGGCACAUCUACUAAGGCAUCAAAGGCGACUCA